CUUCUGCUUUGAGAGUUAUCACAUAGGCUACAGUAGCUAUAUUUAACCCGCUAAGAAAGAGCUCCAUUGAAAAGAAAUAUAUCAGAAUGCACCUGAAAUGAUAGUUCUGACAUGAUUACCGAUGAAUCAAACAGUGCAAGUUCAUCAGAAGUGAUUUUCCCGUCUAGCCAAUCUUAGCUCUGAAGAGGCGGGGGAUAGAGCAACAUGUGCAUGGUGAUCUCCUACUGCUCUCUCUCUCUCUCUCUGACAGAGAACGGAGAGGUACAAAGAAACUUUUCCGAAAGCACAGAUUAUCCCAAAGUGUACAUCUAAAAUGGUAUCGAUUAAUCGGAUGACAUCUCUAUUCUCUGUGUCUUGGGAGCAAACUGUCGUAUGGUUGUGCAGUUUGCUCAUUACACUAUUCAUUUUGCUGGUGAUUCGCCAUCUCGUAAAGCAGCGGAGACCCCGAGGGUUUCCCCCUGGACCGACACCUUUGCCCAUGAUAGGGAAUAUACUGUCCCUUGCCACAGAGCCUCACGUCUACAUGAAGAGGCAGAGUGAUAUCUACGGACAGAUUUUUAGUCUCGACCUGGGAGGAAUCUCAACUGUUAUUCUAAAUGGUUAUGAUGCCAUUAAAGAGUGCCUGUAUCACCAGAGUGAGGUUUUUGCAGACCGGCCAUCCCUCCCUUUAUUUAAGAAGAUGACUAAAAUGGGAGGACUUCUGAACUGCAAAUAUGGUCGGGGUUGGAUCGAACACCACAAACUGGCUGUGAACAGCUUCCGCUACUUUGGCAGCGGCCAGAGGAUGUUUGAGAGGAUUUCUGAGGAGUGCCUGUUUUUUCUAGAUGCCAUCGACAAGUACAAGGGCAAGCCCUUUAACCCCAAGCAUCUCGUUACCAACGCAGUGUCCAACAUCACCAAUCUCAUUAUCUUCGGGCAGCGAUUCACUUAUGACGACAGCGAUUUUCAGCACAUGAUUGAGCUCUUCAGUGAGAACGUUGAGCUGGCAGCCAGUGGCUGGGCCUUCCUGUACAACGCCUUCCCCUGGAUUGAGUACCUGCCCUUUGGGAAGCAUCAAAAGCUGUUCCGCAAUGCCAGCGAAGUGUACGACUUCCUUCUGCAAAUGAUCAAGCGCUUCUCACAAGACAGGGUUCCCCAGUCACCACAACAUUACAUUGACGCUUACUUGGAUGAGAUGGAGCAGAGCGCCACUGAUAAGGCCACAUCUUUCUCGAAAGAGAAUCUAAUUUUCUCUGUUGGAGAACUCAUCAUUGCCGGCACAGAGACCACCACAAAUUGUCUGCGCUGGGCCAUGCUCUACAUGGCUCUAUAUCCAAGUAUACAAGAUAAUGUCCAAAGGGAGAUUGAUUGUGUCCUGAAUGGCAGGCCACCGGCUCUUGAAGACAAACAGAGGAUGCCCUAUGUGGAAGCAGUGCUCCAUGAAGUCUUGCGCCUUUGUAACAUUGUCCCACUGGGUAUCUUCCGCGCUACCUCUCAAGAUGCAGUGGUGCGUGGCUAUACGAUCCCCAGGGGCACCAUGGUGAUCACUAACCUGUACUCAGUGCACUUUGAUGAGAAGUACUGGAGUGAUCCAUCCAUCUUCUGCCCUGAGAGGUUCCUUGACCUUAAUGGUAAAUUUGUCAGACGUGAGGCAUUUCUCCCCUUCUCAAUAGGCAAACGUCACUGUCUUGGUGAGCAGUUGGCCAGGUUGGAGAUGUUCUUAUUCUUCACCACAUUGCUCCAGAGGUUCCGCCUUCAAUUCCCAGAGGGCUUUAUUCCAACUCUUAGCCCGAAACUGGGCAUGACUCUGCAACCUCGGCCAUACUCCAUAUGUGCCAUCAGAAGAGAGCAGUAAAACUCCCCCCAUGAGCUCUGGCACAUAUGCACUCACCUCAGGGGAUCCUAAGAAAAAACACAGAACAGCAGUGCAAUUCCCUGUCUUAAAUUCCAUCAGGUUUUCAGCUGGGAAUAUUGACCUCUGAUAUUGACUUGUUAAAUUCUCAGAAUGUGUCCUCCAUAGUUUCACAGAACACUGGCGGUAAGUGAUAACAGUACUGUUAAAGAAUACAUGGUAUGGAGAGCAAAGAGCGAGCACAUUAUGCAAACGAGACAAAGACAUGGCUGUGGCAAGAUUAAGGGUAACAUGUAUGUUUGAUAACUUGAAUUGAAAAAAGUGUAGCAAAAGAGUUGUGCGCGUCAAUAAUGAGGUACCGUGUCAAUAAUUGAUAGGGUUUACCUAUAACUGAGGAUAUAGGAGCUCUGUCUGUUUCAACAUUCCCCCAUUUCUGGAGUCGGGCAAGUGAGAUGAGACCAGCUGCCUUUCCAAGAAAGUUUUGGACACACUUUAUGACUCCCAUUGGUUUAAUGCCAUAUAACAGUGCUGAACUAACAACAGCCCUGUCUGUCCCUAGUUUAUCUCAGUGGAAACAGUUUAUCAAGAAACUUGAGCUUUAUUCAUCUUUCUGUGGGGGAAAAAAAUGGUGCUAUCAUCAAAAGCUGGACUCAUUUUGUACAAUAUAUGUUUAUAGUACAAUAUCAUUUUUGCUUUUACUUUUUAACCAGUUUCUGAGCAAAGACUCAUUAUUCUUGUUAUAGUAAAACAAACUUGAAAAAACCUUUACAAAACAAGGAAAAAAAUAAACAUUAGGUAAAUCUUUGUAAAUCUGUUUCGAGUCAUGUGCAUUUUAAUACUGCCCCUGAGGUUUUAAGAGUCGGGGUUUUGUCUGUCUGUCUCAAGCGACCUUUCUUUCAACCGUGCUGGAAUUUUGCUGAAGCCAAGCUAUACACCAUAUAAACUAAGCUGAAACUGGUGCAUAUAAUUAUAAACCUAUUGAGAUUUCCUGAAACUGACUGACUUCAGAUUCUGAAGUGUACUUCUGCAAAUCUGUAAACCUGGCACAUUUCAAAACGAAUGGUUUGCACUGGUAAUUUUUUGCACACUUUGACAUACAGUAAUACAUUUAGCCUCCUUUUUUCCCCCCAUCUCUCUUCUCAUUUUCCUUCUCCUGCAGUACCAUCAAAAUUCCCAGAUCCACGCAGUAACAUUUACAGGCCAAACCAUUUUUUUUUUUUUUACAAUCAAUGUUGUUUAUAGACAUCAUUCAUACAACAAACUGCACAGGACAGAAAACUCUAAAAAAUGAGAGAGACAGGAAGGGGCAUUGUUGCUUUGGGUAAGCUGUCACAGUGAUGCUGUCAUCUGAAGAGAUAAGGCUGCCCUUAUAUACGACCCACACUUGGGGACUCAUCAUCCACUGACUGUCAUUUUACAGGCAGUUCCCCCCAAAAGAAUGCUUGGGCUUUCAUCUGUGAGCAUAAAAGAAAUAAACAGCAACAUGCAACUAGAUGAUGCUUAGAAGCACACCCAGAUAAUGUCAAAAACAUGUUGCAGCAUUGCCAUGGAGGAGAAAGGUAAAAACAGUUGUGCUUGUGUCUGGAUUUCAGUUAAUAGGUGAAAGAUCAUGUUCAACACACUUAGUAUUCCUCUGGGUUGGUGUGAAACAAACGCUAAAUAUGAACUACCACUUAAAAGCUAGGACACAAUUGACUGAAUUUAUGUUUCUUAUGAUCUAAAACACCUUUUGCAUUAAAGACUUAAAGCAUGCUUAAAAACUUCAAAUCAGUUUUGUAGAUACGUUAAAAUAAUACAUUUUAUAAAUAAUAAAAAAACUUUUUAUGUAAAUAGACAUGCUGGACUGGAUGGUUAAGGAACAAAUGCCCAGCAUCCAUGGAGACACUAAUACGGUUUCAAAAGCAUAACAAGUGGCAUCUCAUGUAGUUGGUUGGAGAAUGCCCAGAGUGUGCAGAGCUGUAAUCUAUAGACAAAGGGAUGGCUACUUUAAAAAGAAGCUAAAAUUAAAAAAAUAACAAUAAUAUAUAAACGUAACAUUGUUUUUGGUCACUACAUAAUUCCCAUACUUCAUUUAUGUUUAAUAGUUUUGAUGACUACACUAUUAUUCUAAAAUGUGUAAAAUGCUAAUAAUGAAUAAGUAGGUGCACUCAAACCUUUAAAGGGUAGUAAAUGUGGUUUGCUUGAAGUUUAUAAUUAGGUAAUGUGCAUCCACAUCUCACUGGUACGUGAAACAGGCAAGUUCACAUCCACUCACAUGCAAAACAGAACAGAGAAAAAACAUGACACAGACAGAAAUCAACUGAGAGAGUGGAACUAUUCUUCAGGGAUGGUGCUUUUAUGACAGCUAUAAAUAAUAACAAAAAAGUAAAUUCUCCCCACAACCCUGAAAAGGCUGGAUGGUUACAUCAGACAUUGCUAUCUAAAUGCUACAUAAAAAAGUGAAUGCCAUCAUAAAGGUACUGAUGACAAGAACAUCGGAGGUCACUGUGGUGAGGCUAACCCCCCACAGUGAGAUACCACAGUCCACUUCGAAGAUUGAGCAAAGGAGCUACACGAGGGGGUGGAGGCGCUGUGACGCUCAGAUCCAAAGUUUCCCUUCUUGACAACCUGAAUGAUGUUCUGAGUGCGAGUUUGGGGCCAGCUGAGGUUAGCUCGGUGAAGGGAGGUGGGGGAGAGGGUGAACGAAGCAUGCUGGGGUCCCAGAUCCAAGAAAAGAUGAACACACAGUCUGGAGAGAGAAAGAGAGAGAGCACCACAAGCUGCUUUGGGUGCACACAAGCCCCCAUUACAGAAAACACCCUGAGCACAGGCCAAUGAUGAACACACCCACAAACAGGAGAGAGAGAGAGGGCAGCAUCCGGCAGCACUGUCAUGAGAUCGUGACUCACAACUGGCGAGCUUUAGAAUUAAGGGGGCUUUUCAGCAGAGUGGUUAUGAGCAUGAACACAAAGACAGUGCACCAAAAAUGAGGAAAAAUAAAUAAAUAAAAAAAAUAAAACUGAAAAACUCAACACACAAACACAUCCACAUCUGUAAAUAGCAUUAGAUUUUUUUAAAACUCCUGAAACAAGAUGAUAAUAACAUGUUCUCAAUGUACAAUAUAUGUCAGCUGUAUGAAGAAAACAAUGUAUUAAUUAAUUAAAAUAUAUAUAUGUAAGUAUUCUUUCUGUGCAGAGGUUAAACACUUGUUUGGUAGUAAAAUGUGCACAUUUAUAUCAGGUUUUAUCCUCCUAAAUAAAAAAGCUUGAUUUACACUGCCUACUUGAGAACUUUCCUCUACAGAGACCAAAAGAGUUUCGGCAAGGUGAGGCAGAGAGGAAGAGACCGAGAGCGAGUCAGUCUCCACCACCCCAGACAUCCCUCAUUAUUCUAGUGGAAUGCCUAAAGUUCUUGCUUCAGAUGAAAAAAAAAAUAUAAAACUAUUGUUAUUAAACCUGCCUUAUUGUGGAGAAUACGUAAAUGUACAUUAAAAAAAGAAAGAAUGAAAACGUGUACAUCUUCCAAUGUGAAAACCCUGGAUUACUAGAAAUUUAUGCACUGGCCAGAAUAUGCAUUUGGCAAUAAUUAGUUUAAGUAAAAGCAUGUGUUUGUAUGUUUGUAUAAUGCCAAACAUAAAGUAACCCCCAAAGCAAUGUUUAGUCUAUGACGUGCAUGCUAAAUCAAACAAACAUUUCAUUUUCACCUAACAUUCCUGGAUCCCAAUGCUUUUAAUGGGGUCCUGCAAAAAUAAACAUGGCUAUACUGGUCUGGAGCAGCUGAUAAGGACUGGGGUAAAAUCCAGGACUCUGCACUUUUUGCAUCUCUUUUUGUUAAUGACUUUCAAGUUGUUCAUACAAAAAAUAGAAACUUUUUUUCUCCACCUCUGAAAAGAACUUUUCGACGUGCAAGUUAUUUCGGAAUUGCAGAAUGAUAUUUUUCCCCCCACAAAACAAGGAACGAUCCUUCACAUGAAUCCUGAGUAACUGUGGAAAAAUAUAUAUCUAUUCAAACGUAAAAAAGAGAAACAUCCCUUCAUUGGAACAGCUUCCCUGUCCCAUUUUCAAUGCUUUAGAACAAAGAUGGUCUAUACAGAGAAAACUCAACGAUUGGCAACUCCGCAUUCCGGAAGAGGAACGAAAAAAAAAUAAAUAAAUCUACCGUACAAACAACAAAGGCAAACAAAAAAUGCAGAAAGGUGAUGCACAUGAAUAAAAAGCAUCCAAAACGAUGCAGAAGUCAGGUCAUUUUUCAGUCAAAAAAUGUCAGCAUUUCCACUUGCCCUUGUGACUCUGUUCAGUAAUACAGUGUUUGAUGUCGCCAGCAUGAAUUGGGGACUGCACGUUCAGUGCAGCGCACAUAGUCCAUUGUCUGGACCACAAGAAAAAUAAAAACAAACAAUUAUAUAUAUAUAUAUAUAUAUAUAUAUAUAUAUAUAUAUAUAUAUAUAUAUAUAUAUAUAUAUAUA